GUCACCACACUGGAGGAGCAAAUAGCAACAGAGAGGGAGAGAAAAAAGUCAGAGAGGAAGGGAUAGAGGAUCAUAUAGACACUCUUAACUUCAUCCACAGCUGUUAAAACUCCAGUCCAAUCUGUGCUUUCCCACUGCACGGCGAAGAUGGCGUUGGGAGAAAUAUGUUGCACUAUCGAUAUAAGCAAGACUAGGAGCUCUUCAAAAACAGCAGGCUUCCUGUUUUUUCUUUUAUUGCAAAUGAGUCUGCUCUCUAAAGUAUGGACAACUUCCACAACAGCUAGUCCAGCAACCACUCUGAAAACAGAUGCCAAAUCAUCUACAGUGUCAGACCCUGUUACCCAGAGUUUGACAACUCAGUCUACGUAUCCGGUAAGCACGUCCUCCUCCAUUUCUACUGACCAGAUGGCCACAUCAGGCUCUACAGUGACAGGAGCUUCAUCCACCUCAACACAGAACACUGCUUCUAACAGUGCUACUGUCGCCUCAGCUGGUAUUACUAGUAUGGAGACAGCAAACAUAUCUUCUUCAGAAAAUUACACGGCGCUAUCCUGUCCAGCAUUUGCUUGCACAAAAGAUUGUUAUGACCAGUUCAUGAAUAUGACGGCGAAGCCCUGCCAAUCCAGUGAAUACUUCUGUAAGAUAAUGAAAGGCGAUGCAGGUUACUCUGUCAGCUGCAGUGCCUCAUGUGGCGUGCCCUGUGAGAACGGGACUCUCAGUAAUUGCUCUGUCAACUGUUGCAACACAACUAACUGCCUCAACAACAGUCUGCUUGCCAUGUUCAAUUCACUCAAUACCACAGCUACAACAAAACCGACUACUACAACCACAACCAUAAAGACCACAGUUCCAACCACCCCAGCAAGCAAUGGCAAGAAGUGUCAUAAUUUCAAGUGUAAUGGAGCAGCGUGUUACAAAGCCAAUGUCGCCAGUAAUGCUGCAUGUCCAGUUGGUCUGGACUACUGCAUGCUACAAAAGACAACAUCUGGCACCACAGAAAGCUGGCAGGCGGGUUGCAGUACAGAUUGCAGAAAGAUGACAGCUUGUUCAAGCACCAGUACUGCCUGUCACCUGGAGUGCUGCAAUGCCACUACCACCUCAUGCCUCAAACUGACAGGUGAAGUGAACAUGCCCAGCUCUGCCACCAGGAGUCCUCACUGUCCCGCACUGCUCAUGGCCUCUUUGCUGUUCUUCUGGAUAGUCAAAAUCUUAAAUUGAGCAUAACAGUUACAUUUAAUAUGCAAUCCAUUCUGUUAGGAGAGUGUGUGUGUCUUAAAGCUGAUUGUACUUCUUUUACUGUCACUUUUACAUUCUUUGUGAUGUAAGCAAAUUAAGGUGUGUGUGUGUCUAUAAGAUCAACAUGAGAAGCAGAAUGUAUGUAUAUAUAUAUAUAUAUAUAUAUAUAUAUAUAUAUAUAUAUAUGCAUGUGUGUGUGUGUGUGUGUGUGUGUGUGUGUGUGUGUGUGUGUGUGUAGAUGCCAAAUAAGCUUUACCAUUGGCAUCUGUAUGUGUGAGAGCUACAUCAAGUGGGAACAUGUUGGAUUCUUUCUAUCACAGAGUUAGACAGAAAUGAUCCAAAGAGGAAUAUAUUAACAAUGCAGUGACAAAUAUGAGGUUUGCUUCCUCUCACGAGUUGUGUAUGUUUGAUUAAUUCUUGCUCUUUUUUGCCGUUAAUGUACACUGUAAGAAAAAUAAAUAUGUAGAAAAUGGA